AUGAAUUCGUUCUCACUGAGCAUCAUCACCUUCAUUUUGCUCUGUUUCUGCUUGAUCGGCAUACAAGCUACGGAUGAUCUCCCAGACAAAUCCGGCGGCGAUGUCUGCCCCGGAGGUUCGGAUCCGGGUGGGUGUCCGAUAAACUGUUUCCGGGCGGAUCCGGUUUGUGGAGCCGAUGGAGUCACGUACUGGUGCGGUUGUCCUGACGCAGCUUGCCAUGGUGCUCGUGUAGUAAAAACAGGAGCUUGUGAUGCAGGUAAUGCCGGAAGUUCUUCUGUUCCGGGUCAAGCUUUGUUAUUGAUUCAUAUUGUUUGGCUUUUCUUGCUUGGACUCUCACUUCUUAUUGGUGUUUUCUGA